GCCACAUCCUAGUUGGUUUCCUUCCAUCGAUCAUCCAUCUAAUUUCGAUCUCUACCAAUAUCUUGUCAGUUUACGCUGAACAGGAAUAGACCAGUAUCGUGUUCAAAUUAUUUUUGGCGCUUGAUCAUACCAUCCCGAGGCACAUUGUUUGAGUAUCCUCAAUCUUGCAAUUUUCACCCUCUGUUCCUACGCUAUCCAGACUUCAGAACGAUCGCCGAAAUGCCGCCCUACAUAACACUCUGCGACAACUGCGGCCACUCGCUAGAUACUCACGUUUCUUCCCUCCAUUUCGAUACCGAUGCGUAUCUUUGCUGCGGCGCACAGAUCAGCGAAUCAGAGGCAGAUAUCUGCUCCAGCACCAUCUCCAGCUGGCAGACAAAACUUGCCAAAUGUGACGUCGAAAUUCUUCAGUUGAAAACCGCCUUGGAAAAGCUUGAAGACGUUCGACAAUCUCUCGCUGAUCGUAUCCAAAGAUCCAGAACCCUACUUGCUCCUAUCCGUACAAUUCCCCGAGACAUACUCCAAAUCAUAUUUGAGUGCGCUUGUCUCUCUAUCUCGUACAACCCAUUUACCGAGUGUGGCGAAAUGCCGCUUAUAUUCGCAACCCCGAAUUACCUAUCCUCUGUCUGCGCAUACUGGCACGACAUCUGUGUAUCCCUCUCUCAACUGUGGACAUCCACAUUCAUUCAUGCUGGUCAUGAUACCUCUCCAUCAUACUUCAACGACCUCUUAGCUCGACGCGAAAAGUGGUCUGGGAAGCCUCUGUUAAACCUCCAGGUUUCUUCUGCAACCCAUAAUAUCCUCCAGGAGGCCCGGGGCAAUAAUAUUUUUGACUCCUUAUUUCACCUCCACAAUUCCAUGGAUCAAUUGUAUCUACACCGCAUCUCCAUCGAUUUCAAUAAUAGCACCCUUGCGCAAGCGUUUCACGCGACUCCGGGCUUGGAACUUCCUGAACUGGAAUAUCUUGAUCUCUCCGGCCAUUCCUUGUCACCUUCUUAUUGCCCUCAUGGCCAACUUAUCAAUCUGUUUUCGCGCACUCCAAAAUUGCAUACUCUUAAACUCGCCCUGCGCGGUUUGAGGCGUACGCCUUUCCGUUUACAACGCAACCAGAUCGUCGACAUUCACCUUGCAGACUACAUGCAUUACCUAUCAUUUCCAGACGGCUUUCCUAACACCACAACUGCUACGCUACAAAGAUGCCGGAUGGCUUUUCGUGAUAUCAUCAAUACACCCCUCCGCAAACUUAUUCUCCAUGAUUCGGCCAUAGAAUGGUCAUCACAAUUCUCACCAGGCGAUUCUCCCAGAGGGAUGAAAAUACCACAGCUCAUUUCUCUAGAGCUCAUUGAAUCUGAGCCUUUAGAUCCAAAUGGAUACACCCUCAUCCUUGAAAAUAUCCCCGAUCUCACUCACUCCCCCGAUUUCACAGAGCUUAUUCUUACCACAUUUUACAUCACCUGUACCGCUUUACUCUCCCUCCUUCGAACCGUUCCAAGCCUCAGACGAUUAUCCAUCGUCGAACGGACCAACACGGAGCUCAUCACUCCGAAGUUUAUUGAAGAACUUGAUACUCCGGGGGUACUGCAGUAUAUGGAACAUUUGCAACUCGUCUGGUCAGGCGAUGUUGACGAGGGCGCCGUGAUGGAUGUGAUCGAAAGGCGAGCGACAGUUCUGGAGUCUGUUGUUAUAGGUAUUCGACAUGGAGGCGAGCUCGAGGCGAACACACUUUCUCGGGUCAAUGGUCUGAGGAAGCGUGGUAUGAAGAUAUCGCUUUGGUAAAUGGCAACUUACGAGAAGGAAAAGUGUUCGAGAGUGAUCACGGCUAGACUCGAACUAGUAUACCUAGGGGUGAAGUUGCCGGCAAGCAGGAAAACGACGUCAGAUUGGCCACGACGGCUAUCUGUGUCCUUGCUUGCUUUCUGUUUAUGUACGUGUCAUCUGAUGCUUUCCCUCAGUAGCGUAGGCAAUGUAGAUGUGUUUUUUUGUCGAU